UCUACUAGGACUAGACAUCGUAAACGAAAUGAUGAAAAUUCAUCAGUCUUAGACUCUAUUUUGAGUUCCAGUUCUGAAACAGCUUCGAUUUUAAGUCUUUCAGAUGUUUGUACUAGUUCUAGAAGUGAAUCAUCUAUCCUUAUUGAGCUAUUCGGAUCUAAUAAUAUGAUUUCUACGGCAGAAAACUUAUCUGUUGACGAAGGUUAUAUUGAUGAAGAAUCGACUAUACAAGACAUUGACGAUAAUUAUGAACCAUCCUUGGGUAGAACAUCUUCAAAUGGGACUGAUGAAUUUUCUGACUCGAAUAUAUCUCAUAUCGAAAUUUCAGAAUCUGAAGAACACAUACACUUAUCUGAUGAAUUGGCUUGUGCUAUAAGGUUAUUCCAGGUCAAGUCUCAGUCUACAUGGAUGGAUAUCUGUAUCAAUUCUUACUGUGCGUAUACAGGAAAAUACAAAGAUGAUGAAUUAUAUCAUCUUAAGAUUCAGUAUCAAGACCCAAAAGGUUCCGAAAGGUUGAAAUAUCAUAUAAAUUAUACUCAUCGUCAAGGUUUUAGAUCAAAUGGUAAAAUCGGCGAUAUAUUUGAUGGUGUCAGAUACCAAAAUCUAUUAUCCAAUGGAUAUUUCGAAGAUGAUAGAAAUAUUGCAUUGACAGA